AUGAACGAUUCUAUAGAGACGAGACGCAUUAUAACUUGGACGCCAUGUUCGUCUUGCAAACUGCUGCUAUUUUGGACGGCUCUGCUGUGGGCCAUCUCGACUGUUUCUGCAGUUUCCUUGCGAAACACGGCUGAGCUGAGGUAUAUUGCACCUGUUUUAAGCAUAAACCAUAUCGAUUCGCCCAACGGAAUCAACCUAGAGGUCUCGAUCGGUUCUGACGAUCACAUUUCGAAUUUAGCGCGCCGCUGGUACGUCCAGUUCGAUCCAAAUAACGCUCAAGCUUUGAACGAGCAAUACAGACCGUCUCUCAAAUCGAGCUCGGACUCGCUUGCUCUGUACACGUUUUUGACCAGAAAUACUUCCCAAGUUGAGCUGCCGCAAAAAACGCUCAAGUUCAAGCUCACGUUGGCGCAGCAGGAAGACGACUGGCUGCAAAUAGAGGACGAGAAUGGAGUAAAGGACAGCACCCUGUCUGUGCUGGAGGGUACAGCGUAUAGAAACGUCUUCAAGUUGAAGAAUAACAAAGAGGUCUCGACGUACAAUCCGGUUGGCUGGGCGCGUGUGGUCGUCUCUAAUUCAUCGAGUGGAACAUCCUUCAUGGGUUCUUGGCUUGUUGACGACGAAACUAAUUUGGGGAUACCACAAACUGUGUAUCAUUUGACGACAGUCGAGCACUUGGCAGCAACGCUCAGCGGCACUGAGAAAAAACAGCUCUUGGACAGGAACUGGAGCGCGGAUCAAGCAAUUGUUUGGCGUGAAGCAGAUGUUGACAACGAAGGGCCUCUCAACUCGAUGGAGAAGUUUCCAGUCAACGAUUUCAGGUAUUUGGAUGAACUAGAUCAAGGUCAUGCCACGAUGAAAUUCCGGCGUGACGACGUUAGCGGAAACUCUCCUAAUGGCGUUAGUUUAUACACCACUAUAGGCGAUACAAGUGGGUGUCCUCAAAAGCGAAUGGUCUCUCUCACGGGUAUAGCCGUUGACUGCAAUUUCAUGAGACAGUUCAAUUCUACUCAGUCAAUCCGUUCGUAUCUUCUCGAUACCGUGAGCCAAUCCUCGCGCUUUUUCGAGCAAGGAUUCAAUAUCACGCUUGGCCUCAAACAUAUCGUCAUGCCGAAUUCAACAGACUGUCCAGCUUCUGACCCCCAGUAUCCCUGGAACUAUCAAUGUGUGCAAAACGGGUCUUCGAUAAACGACCGUCUGAAUUCCUUCACUGACUGGCGAAAAACCCGUUCCGACGAUGGAAUCGCAACCUGGACAUUAUUCACGGACUGUGGACAGGGAAGUUUGGUGGGUAUUGCUUGGGCAGGACUUGUUUGCCAGAAGGGUGGCACCAGCGUCGUCACAAAAACUUUGCUUGACCCCCAUGUGCUGGCCCACGAGCUUGGCCACUCUUUCGGAGCGGUUCACGACUGUGACAGUGAUACCUGUAGCAAGCUUGAUGACACGACGUCUAAUUGCUGUCCUGGCUCGUCAAACGCUUGUUUGCCUAACGGCCAGUACCUCAUGAACCCGAGCGCCGGAUCAUCACAGCAGUCGUUCAGUGCAUGCACGCAGGGCAAUGUUUGCACCAACAUCGCUCGACGCACAAUCAAUAGCACAUGUCUAUUGGCGAAUUCAGGAGGAAUCAAUCUGAUCUCGGAAAAUGUUUGUGGUAACGGAAUUGUUGAAGAGGGAGAAGAGUGCGAUUGUGGCGGUGUAGAGGGAUGCAAGGGCAACCCUUGCUGCGAUCCUCUGACCUGUAAAUAUACUGCAGGGUCUCAGUGCGAUGAUACAAAUGAGCAGUGCUGCUCAGGCUGCAAGUUCGCAGCGUCCGAUACGGUUUGUCGCCAAUCCACUGGCCCUUGUGAUUUCGACCAGUAUUGUCCCGGAAACUCUACAUCUUGCCCUGGACCGCGGCUGGCGGAAAACGGAAAAUCAUGUCAACUUCCUGAUAGAAAUUCGACGGGUCUUAGUUGUGUCGCCGGCCAUUGUACGUCCCGGGAUCUUCAGUGUCAGCUCAUUAUGGCAAAUAGAACCGUGACCGUAGCUGGUCGGCCCUUGAAUCUGCAAAAGGCAUGCGAUUCCACAUCCUGUCAAAUAUCCUGCAUCGAUCCAAACUUUACCGGAAACUGCUUUAUGCUACACCAAAACUACUUGGACGGCACCCCUUGUGCUGGAACCGGUACAUGCCGAAACGGUCAAUGCAUUGGCGGCAAGAGUUCCUUCUUCGAUGAUGCUGGCGGAAGCGGUGGAUGGGCAUGGUGGAAGUACAUUGCAGUUGCUAUUGGUGCCUUUGCUGGUGUGUCCUUUUUCCUGUACAUCCUUACGAUGUUGACGCGGGGACGCAGUAAAAGACUGCGAGCAUACCAGGCAUCCCAACCAUACUACCCUCCGCCUCCUUCCAUGGAUCCUACUUACAAUACUUAUCCGCCUCCGCCUCCCUCCAUGGAGCCUACUUACAAUAUUUAUGCACCUCCACUACCAAUGUAUAGGAGCGAUGAUCCCCCACCACCGACUUACGCUACUCGGGAGUAUGACGAUCGAGGUGCUUCAUCGUCCGAAGUAUUCUACGCACCGCCCGAGCGCGCACGUGGGAGUAAAUCGAGAGUUCGUAUCAGCCAGUUCCCAUAA